AUGUCAAUUUUUAAAAGAUCAAACAAGGGAACAGAACAAGAUCAAAAUGAACUUGGUUUUGCUGAUCAAUACAGUACAUACACUUUUGAACAUAAACCAGAUCAAAAGAAGAAGUUGGAAAAAGAACAAGUAGAUUCAAUAGACGAUGAUCAAUCAAUUACCUUAUCAGAAUUAGAAAAAAGCACUAAUUCCAAAAAUCCAUUUGCAAAUCCAAGAGUAGCUCAAUAUUACAAAGAAUACUACGAGACUACCAAGUAUGAAUGUAGAUCACAUUUUGAUCCUGAAUUUGAAUGGACUCAAGAAGAAGAAAAAAAAGUCCUAAGAAUUUUAAAUGUUAGAGUUGCGUUAGCUGCAUGUUUGAUGUUUGUUGCUUUACAAAUCGACAGAGGAAAUUUGGCUCAAGCAGUUACUGAUAAUUUUUUAGGUGACUUGGGUUUGAAUACUAAUGAUUAUAAUACUGGUAAUACUAUAUUUUAUGUUUCAUUUUUAUUAGCUGAAAUUCCAUCACAAAUGAUUUCAAAAGCUUUGGGCCCUGAUAUUUUUAUACCUAUUCAAAUUUGUGCUUGGAGUAUUGUUGCUAUGUCACAAGCUGCUAUAAGUGGUAAAGCCUCUUUUUAUAUAACAAGAGGAUUAAUUGGAGCUAUUGAGGGUGGAUUUAUUGCUGACUUGGUAUUAUGGUUAUCUUACUUUUUCACUAGUUCAGAGUUACCUAUUAAGUUAUCAUAUUUCUGGACCACUUUAACAUUAACUCAAAUUGGUGUUGCUUUAGCUGCUUUUGGGAUAUUAAGAUUGAGAGGCGUGUUUGGUUGGCCAGGUUGGGCUCAUUUAUUCUUAUGGGAAGGUUUAGUUACUUUAAUUAUUGGAUUAGCUUCAUUUUAUAUGAUGGUUCCAUCAGCAGUUCAAACAAGAAAUUGGUUACAUCCAAAAGGUUGGUUUACAGAAAGACAAGAAAAAAUUGUUGUAAACAGGGUGUUAAGAGAUGAUCCUACAAAGGGUUCAAUGCAUAAUAGACAGCCAGUCACAAUAACUGAAUUAUGGAGAUGUUUUAAUGAUUUUGAUUUAUGGCCCAUUUAUGCUAUUGGAUUAACUGCAUACAUUGGACAAUUAGCAUUUGGUUCAUAUUUCACAUUAAUGACUAGAGAGUUGGGGUUUAAUACUUUUGAUACUAAUUUAUUAACCAUUCCAUAUCAUGUUUUUAAUAUCAUUACCUUGUUGGGUAUAACUUGGAUGUCUGAAAAGCUUAAUGAUAGAUCAUAUGUUUCAUUGAUUUCACCCAUUUAUGCAGCUAUUGUAUUGGGAGUUAUUAGAUUUUGGUCAGGUGCCGGAAUUGAGGUAUGGCCAACAUAUAUCUUAAAUGUUAUUUAUAUGGGACACCCGUUCAUUCAUGCUAUUUGUGUAAGUUGGGUAUCUAGAAACUCAAAUAGUGUUAGAAUAAGAUCUAUUUGUUCAGCUAUAUAUAACAUGUUUGUACAAUUAGAUCAAAUAAUCGCUGCCAAUAUGCUUAGAGAAGAUGAUAAACCUUUGUAUAACAGAGGAUUUUUAGAAUUAUUUAUUAUUGCAAUUGCUGUAAUCCCAAUCAUUUUAUUUGCUAAAUUUUAUUACAAGGGGAGAAAUGGUAGUAGAGCUAAGAUUUGGGAUGCAAUGAGUGAAGAAGAACAAGACAAUUAUAGAAGGACCACCAAAGACACUGGCAAUAGAAGAUUAGAUUUUAGAUUCGCUCAUUAA